AUGCCCACUUCUCUCUCACCCGGUAACGACAUCUUCCCCAACGGCCCGCACAUGCGCCAGCCUGCCCUGUCUUUUCUCUAUCGACUUGAAUGCGAUAUCGCCAAAGAGGAGAUCAACAUCGGUGCACCGCACGAUGCAGGUACCGUACGAAGUAUCGCCAACAUCCUCGGCGGAACCUUGAAGGGGCCUGGCAUUGAAGCCACCAUCCUGCCACUUGGCGGAGCAGAUUGGGCGACUGUCGUAAAGGGAACCCACUCCAUGACCCUUGAUGCCCGCUACACGGUACGCACAACCGACAACCACUACAUCUACAUCCGAGCCCACGGCCUGUACCGCCCAGGCCCAGGAACCGAUUACGCGAAAGCAGUGGAGGCCGACCCAACGAAGCCACCACAGCAUACAGUCACGCAGGACGAUGUCGAAUUCUUCUCGCACCUUCGUCUUGAAGCCGGACCCGGCCCGUACAACUGGCUGAAUGGGCUAGUCUGCCUCGGCGUUAUGACCUGUGAAGGAGAGAAGCUCUGGAUCGAUGCGUACCACUUGACGAAUUUCCCGGGUGUCAAGCCGGAAGAUGUCGUGGCGAAGAAAUGA